GUUCCAUUGCCCUGUGACAGCCAUGGCCUUCAAGAUGGCCAUCGGCCGGGGGAAGGGCAAGGGUCGUGGCGGCCCGUCCGCCCUGGCGGCCUUUGCAGAUGAUGAGCCAGGGCCGCGGAAACGGAUGUUUCCCCUGCCGGCUGAGGCGAGCCCUUCAGGCAAUGCAGUUGAAGAGCCACCAGCUGAAUUGAAGGAAGAGGCUCCGGCAGAGGCAGAGGCCAAUGCUCUGGAUGUGUUCAUGGAAAGCAUCGAAACCAAAGCCGCGGAGCCCAACGAGGACCUCUCCAAAAAGGCAAUGCCGUCCUGGGAAGACAUGCCGGCUGAUGAUCCAGUCGCCUCCUAUUGCGAGCUUUGUGAUCAAAACGCCGCGAAAGGCGAUGAGAACGGAGAGGAUGACGAUGAGGAGAAUAUGGACCGGCGAAGAAAACCCAUCGAACCCUUGCCUCGGGUGAAUCAUGACGAAAUUGACUAUCCAGAAGUGGAGUUUGGAUUCUACAAGCCUCACCCAGAGAUCGAUUUGUUGACAGAGGAGGAGGUGGCGACGUUGCGCAAGGAGCUGCGAGUGACAGCGACGGGUUCCAACUGCCCGCGGCCAGUGGUGUCCUUCGCACACCUUCGGCUGCCGAAGGAGCUCUUAGAAGGGAUCCGAAAACAUGGCUAUUCCAAGCCUACGCCCAUCCAAGCGCAAGCAUGUCCCGCCGGCCUCAGUGGUCGUGAUGUCAUUGGCGUGGCGGAGACGGGAUCCGGCAAGACGGUGGCCUACCUGCUGCCGAUGUUGGUUCAUUGCGCGGCACAGCCAGAGCUGAAGAAAGAUGAGGGGCCAAUUGGUUUGACCCUUUGUCCGACGCGAGAGCUGGCGGUGCAGAUUGAGAAAGAGGUCUACAAAUUCAACAAGUUGCUGGGACUCAGAAGCACCACCUUUGCCGGAGGACUUUCCAAGUACCAGCAGUUUCGCACCAUCAAAGGUGGCAGUGAGAUCGUCAUUGCCACCCCCGGACGCCUCAUUGACAUCGUGAAGAUGAAGGGCUGCAACCUACAACGCACAACCUUUGUGGUCCUGGAUGAAGCGGACCGGAUGCUGCAGAUGGGUUUUGAGGACCAGAUUCGCUCGAUUCUGCAGAACAUCCGGCCCAAGCGGCAGGCCCUGCUCUUCAGUGCCACCAUGCCUCCGCGCAUCGAGCGCCUGGCGGCAGAUUUCCUGGAUCAAGCCGUGCGCAUCACGGUGGGCACGGCUGGUCAAGCUGCCACCAGCGUCAGGCAACAUGUGGAAGUCUUUGAAAACGAGGCAGAGAAGUUUCCAUGGUUGCGAGCCCGCAUUGAUAGUAUGCUCGCGAGAGGCCAAGUGGUGAUUUUUGCCAAGUCCAAACAGGCAGCACAGGAGCUUCAACAGCACUUCGCAGAUGUACAGAGAGAUGCCGCGGUGCUGCAUGGAGAUCUGGAGCAAGAUGAACGGAUGCGCGUCAUCGAUGGCUUCCGCAAGCUGCGGCAGAAUUUGCUGAUCGCAACAGAUGUGGCAGCCAGAGGCUUGGACAUUACCACCAUUGGGACAGUGGUGUCAUUCGAUGUGGCCCGUGACAUCGAGACCCAUACCCACCGUGUGGGCCGCACGGGCCGCGCCGGUGCCACAGGAGAGGCCUUCACCUUGGUCAGCAAGGAGGCGAAGAAAGGGAAGGGAGAAGCCAAUCCACGACGAAUGGCAGCACUCCUGGUUGAACAUUUGGAGGACGUCAGGCAGACCGCCAGCAACAAACUCCUGUCUCUGGCAAUGGAAUUCCACCCCUUCAAAGCAGCUCGCGCCGCUGGCUUGCGCCUGGACGACUCGUCGAAGGGCGGAGCCAAGGGCGCUGGGAAGGGCAAGGGCUCGGCUGAGGAGCGGGAGCGGUCCAGGUCGCGCAACUGAGGACUGGAAAAA